ACGCUCAGGCCGCCAGUCGUCAUCUACAUCGUCGUGUGGUGUGACGCCCGGAACUCCGACACCGACCACCCUUCGUACUAACUCUCGUUUACCCGGAGUAAAGUUUCAGUGAUCGAAUUUUCCAUUGGAGUUUCCCGAGGGAAUUUUCGAAUUUUCAGUGAAUGUGGGGGAAUUCUGGUGGGAAGUGAUGGGGCACCGCUCGUCAUAGGUGCCGGCAGUUCGGGACCAUGUCUUAGUCAUGGUGAGCGGUGUGUUCGCGCUGCUGGUGGCUUGUGCAGCGAUGGUCGUGCUGGGAGGGGGAUCGACGGGGGCGGCGCCGACGCCUGCGGACCCCCUGGAGGACGCGGCCCAGAGGAGCGAAAGGAGCGCUAACCUGUCUCACAUCACGGGCACCGCCAGGAAGAUCAGGAUGUUCGUCAAGAACAGAUUUCUGCAGAUCCUGCCCGACGGCACAGUCAACGGUACUGGAGACACAACGGAAUUCUCAAUCCUGCAGCGUCAGUCAGUGAGGGCGGGCCAGGUCAAGAUCCAGGGGGUGGCCACUUGUAUAUAUCUGUGUAUGGACUCCUGCGGCAUCCUCUACGGAUCUAGGGAAUUCGCAGAGGACUGCGUGUUCAACGAGAUGAUUGAGCAGCAUCACUACAAUACUUAUUCGUCGACAAAGUACUCGAACCACAGACGUACUUUGUACUUGGCACUCAACAGGAAAGGCGUGCCACGCAGGGUUCAGAUCAAGGCAAAAUCGCCGCUGGGAAAAUUGAGCACUUACACACGCGUGCUGACGCAACCCGUCCCUGCUGAAGAGGUGGAACAACUGGCGAGGAGGCUACUACUGCUGCACCCAGGGACUCAGCAUCACUUGAGGCAUCACCAGCUCUGCCCUCCUGCUACCAAGGUUCCUCUCGAGACUGCAGACGUGGAGAGGUGUCGGAAGAGGAAGAAGCGACGGAAACGGCGAAGGUGUCGCGAGGGCGAGGAGGAUAACGAGGAGUGCCACAAGGUGAAGGAGGAGGGGAAGCGGAGGAUCAUCGUGGUGCGAAAGCGGUGUGAGGAGAAGGAGGGGGAGGAUAAGGUGAAGUGCCAGCACAAGAAGCUGCAUAUGAUCGGACGGAAGCGGAAGUCGCGGCAUGAGAUGAAGAGGUUGUUGAGGCACCUGGAGACGCCACGGAACCCGAGGAGCGAGGAGGAAGACGAGGAGGAGGAGGACCCGGACGAAGAUCAUGAGGAGACGACCAUGGAAGAAGACGACCUCACGACUAGCGACCCCCUCCUGGACUCGAACGAUAAAUAACAGUGUCUCGCUGUAUAUAUGUAGUAGUAAAUAGUGAAAAGUGAACUUAUGACUGCGAUUUUUGUACUCAUCAUUUGUUAAGCUUAGGUGUAAUAUUUGUAUAUAAGUUCGACAUCCCGCUUCCCCCUCAUGUCCACAUUUUGAACAUGACGAGUUUCCGGUGUAAUACUUUACUACCAAUUAUGUAGGUUUUGUAUGUGAGCAAAAAGGGACGUAUCUUUACCUAAGUACUUUUUAUUUGACCGAACGAAGUGCCUAUAACCGUGCAAUCAAUUAUUUGUGAGAUUGAGAGAAGCAUGAUUAAUACAGACUGAAAUUAAUAUUUUAGCAAACAUUAUUUCGGAAUUGUAAUAGCAACACAAUGAGUAAUUUCAACGUUGAAAUCAGAUGGAGCUAAACAAAAUUAACGUCAAGAAAUUUUUAGCAGACCAGCUCCCACCUUUUCAUACUACGAUCAACCUAAAGAAUUGUAAUAUAAUUUGUGUUCCUAACCUUAUAUUACUUUUUGUUUUAACACAUAGAUAAAAAUUAUCUUACUUAAAAUAUAAUCAAACUAUUAUUCAAAAUUAACUAACCGCAACUUCAACAAAUUAGAAAGAUUUUAACGCGUUUAAUUAUAUAAGUCUCUUGUUAUUUAUGGUUUUAAUACGAUCCUUUAUGCUUAUAUUUUAAUUUGCUAUAGAUUACAAUGUUACAUACUUUGAAUGAAUUUUGAAAUGAGAUGUAUGUUAAUUUAUCUUCAUUGUUUUAUAUUUGUUUUGAUUUAUUUUUAUUUGACAUCACGCGAAUUUAUAACGUCGAUCUUAUCUUGUAGAUAAUGUUCCUUAAACUCUUCGUUAUCUUUGACACCAGUGAUAAUCAAGUAGCAACCAAUACUGAAGCGUAGAUAGAUGUCGUGGAAUUUGUAAUUUCAUACUGACCUGUUCACAGUUCCCUCGAUGACCUAGUUCCCUCACUGAUGAACUGAACAGCUGAGACUGAUCUGAACUGACUCCUUUUGUUCAAAAUGUGGACCCAGUAUUAGUCCAAGUUACCGCACGAUCGUAGUAGCUAGUGUGUGAUCAGUACCAGUAUUGUCUAUAGUGAGUAAUGUAUAAUAUACAGCUGACUGUAAUAGAGUAAUGUAUAAAUUAACAGCUGACUGCAUAGAGCUAUGACAUAGAUGUUAUCAGCUGAAUCGUCGCGAACUGCCAACUUUAUAGGUUAGGGUAAGAGAGUAGCCAACAAAUACUUGUUUAUUUGUAGAGAAAUCACUGUCACGUUUCAAAUAUUUCCUUCGAUUUAUUUUUACUUGAAUCCACUAAGACCACAAAACAAUGAUAAAUAGUUUUAAAUUAUCGUUAAAAAUUAGUUUACGCUUUACUUUAGCAAUAUUUUUUUCUCUACAUUUAAACACAGCAACAACAGCUUUUUUAAUAGAACCUGUUUUUUGCAAAAUAUAUUACUAUUUCCGUGUGGAGCACGAAAUAUUCUUUUGGGUUUAGAAUUUCUUAAACUGACUGACCUGAUUUAGUGUCUAUAAAUUUAGCGUGCAGUCAUUUAUUUUCCAUUGUGGCAGUGAUUUAGCUACGAAAACCAUAUACACUUUAAGAUCUUAUAAACCAAGCUGUCGAGAACCGCCUUAGUGCUAUCUAGACAAGUAGAUAGGCAACUAUUUUUUUAAGCUUAUUUAUGUGAAACUUGAGUCUCAUUUAAACUAUAUGAAACGUGUAUUUAUUGACGUAAAAUUAGCUUCUCUGUCUCGCUGCCAGAAGGUGAUACCAGGUCCCAGUUCUGUUACUAUUAUAACAGAUUUUUGUUACUAUCUCCUCGCAUAGUGUUACGUCUCAGUUUCAAAUUGUUAAUAUUGUAUAAAUCACUGUAAAAUUCUUGAUGUAAAUUUAUAGAAAUCAAAACCUUUACUAAUCUGUGCUAACAAUUAUUGAUUUUCGCAAUCAAAGAAGCGCUGGAAAUAUAAUACAUCUGAGUUUAUUUAGUUACUUUAAUUUAUAAUUACAUCCAAUUUUAGUUCACUUCGUAUUUCGUUUAUAUAGUGUUCAUUUAUUUUGUAUUGCUCAAAUGUGUUCUAUCGUGUUCGCCCUUCUGUAUGUGUAUUGUUAUUUAUUUAUUCGAUUUGUCUGUCUUGUAUUGUAUUGUAUCGUAUUGGGUGUAUUAUAUUUCCCCACCCCCUCUACCUCAGAGCCCAUUGUGCCAUCUGGAAUCUCUGGUCAAUUGUUUUCGUAGCUUAUCGUUACUUUAUUCAGCUACGAUCUAAAUUUGUACAUUUUUCGUAAUAACCAGUAAAGUCACAGUCGCCAGCGACUUUUCGUAA